CCGUGGCUGGCUGCGCGACUCGUUGGCAGGCGCCACGCAUGCGCCGAGCCCUCCACUCGGUGUUGCAGCCCCCCCACCCCUCCUCGUCGUCUCUGCCCUGGGAGCAGCUCUCCUGCCACAGUCCUUCACCCCCUGAAAAUGUACACGUGCUCCAGAUUUGUCUCCACCCCAUCGUUGGUCAGGAGCACCUCCCAGCUGCUGAGCCGACCACUGUCUGCAGUAGUGCUGAACAGACCAAAGACGACAACAGAAGAGAGCCACAGCAGCUUUGCAGUCCCUCGUUCCCUGACAUCACUUGUCCCUAGCCGCAGCUUCCAAACCAGCAUCAUUUCAAGGGACAUCGACACAGCAGCCAAGUUCAUUGGCGCUGGGGCUGCCACAGUUGGGGUGGCUGGCUCUGGGGCUGGGAUCGGGACUGUGUUUGGAAGCCUAAUCAUUGGUUAUGCCAGGAACCCUUCUCUGAAGCAGCAGCUCUUCUCCUACGCCAUUUUGGGCUUUGCCCUCUCGGAGGCCAUGGGGCUCUUCUGCCUGAUGGUUGCCUUUCUCAUCCUCUUCGCCAUGUAAAGGAGCCAUCUCCACCUCACGUAGUUCUUUCUCCUGUAUCUUGUCUGCCCUAUGUGUUCCUUCCCAUAUACUUCCCUGGGCUCCCUGGGGAAAGUGACUGGCUCAGGGUUUGAUAGGGAAGAUAAAUAAACAUUGUAUUAAUAAGGUUUUUUGA